UCACUGCUGGGCACUGACUGGCGGCACUGCUAGGCAUUGACUGGCGCACUGCUGGGCACUGACUGGCACAACCGCUGGGCACUGACUGGUGGCACUGACUGGCAGCACUGCUGGGCUGCGCUGAUGGGCACUGGUGGGUGGCACUGGUGGACAUGGGUGGGUGGCACUGGUGGGCACAGGUGGGUGGCACUGCUGGGCACAGAUAGAUGGCACUUCUGGAUGGCACUGCUGGGCACAGGUAGGUGCACUGCUGGGCACAAGUGGGCAGAACUGGUGGGUGGCACUGCUGGGCACCGAUCAUCAGGGCACUGAUCAUCCCUGAUGCUGGUGCCGAUCCCCGCUCUAACAACUGCCGGUUCUCGGCAGUACUUUCCUCACGAUCUGACAGCGUGAGGAAAGUGCAGCCGAGAACCGGCAAUUGCAU